AUGCCCAGACACUGCGCACAAUGCCCGAACAUUUUGGCUUAUGUAAGAAUGAUCAUUUUAAUACUCAAAUUUGAAAUUUGUCAUACAUUGACCGGGCAUUGUACUAGAUUGCCCGAGCAAAGUGUACCCUGCCCAAAUUCAAGUGAGCAAAGUGAAUUAUACAGUGCGCUGCACACUUUUAUAUCAAAUUGCAUUUAUAUUGAUAAUGAAAAAAGUGAUAAUGGAAGGGAAUUCGCCAAUAAAGUUAUUAUUGAGUUGUGUAGUAUGUGGGAAGAAUUUAAGAUUGUCCACGGAAAGCCUAGACACUCGCAAAGUCAAGGGUCUGUCGAAAGGGCCAACCAAGAUAUUCAAAAUAUUCUCGCAACAUGGUUAGCCGAUAAUAAUUCCAGAAAGUGGAGCGAAGGUCUUAAAUUUGUUCAAUUUAUGAAGAAUCGGAGUUUUCACCAUGGUACAAAACGUUCGCCAUACGAAGCUAUGUUCGGAACACAUGCUAAAGUUGGUCUAAAAUCAACCCAAAUUUCAACCGAUUUAAUUUCUACUUUAAAAUCAGAGGAAGAUUUAGUAAAAGAUCUAGACUGUGGAAUUAAUAUCGACAGUGCAAAACAACUUUUUUCUGAUGAAGAUGAAAACGAUCAAAUAAAAUUGAGAAUAGAAUCAAUUUCUUCAAAUCGAUCAAAUGCUGCUGAAAAUCUUAAAGUACAAGCUAACAAAACGAAGAAUUUAUCUGAAGAACGUUUUUUUCCAGGAAAAGAAGGAGAAAAUGUUAAAAUAAAAAUUCCUGAUGUGUAUCGAGCAAGAUGUGAUCUUCGGUGUAUUCUGGGAGUUAUACUUUCUGAUAAUUUAUGUAAAAUUGGAACAAACGAGGGCAGACUACAUCAACUCUACAGUCGGAACCAAUUCACAAUAUGCAAAGAGGUGUUUAUCCAGGCUGAUGAUGUACCACCAGUACAAAUUUCAUUAAGAGAAGUGGCAAGAAAAUCUUCUAAUUUGGGUGGCCAUGGGUACGAUAGGUGUACUUGUUAUACAUUGUGUAAGACCAACCGGUGUAAAUGUAAAAGAUCUGGUCGUCUUUGUAACUCAGUGUCAUAA